AUGGUGGUUGUAGAUUUGGUGGUGGCGACAGUCGUCGUAGUGAUGGUGGUGGACGAAGGUGGUGGUUUUAGAGAGGCGCAGGAAAUAGCAGCAAUGGUGGUGAAGGUUUAUGGUCCCGAGUGUGCUUGUCCAAAGCAUGUGAUUGUAUGUCUCAUUGAGAAAGGGGUCAAUUUCGAGGUUGUCCAAACUGACAUCUUCAAAGCAGAGAAUAAAACACUUGACUAUCUCCAGUUGCACCCUUUUGGGCAUGUUCCUAUUAUACAAGAUGGAGAUUACACUCUUUUUGAGUGUACUUGUGCACAAUCCAGGGCUCUCAUGAGGUACUAUGCAGAAAAAUACAUGUCUAAAGGGACUGAAUUGUUGGGAAAGACGUUGGAGGAAAGAGGUCAAGUAGAGCAAUGGCUAGAAGUCAAAGUACACGAAUUCAGCCCCCCAGUUUACAAUUUAGUAAUUCAUAUAAUGUUAAGUUCCAAACUGAGGAUUGCAGCAGACCAAAAGCUCAUCCAAGAAAGUGAAGAGAAGCUUCACAAAGUUUUGGAUAUCUAUGAAGAGAGGCUAUCAAAGAGCAAGUACUUUGCUGGUGAUUUCUUUAGCCUUGCUGAUUUAAGCCACCUUCCAUUUGUUCAGUAUCUCAUGGAUCCUCUUGGAAAGGAGCAUAUGAUAAGGAACAGGAAACACCUGAGUGCAUGGUGGGAUGAUAUCAACAAUAGGCCAUUUUGGAAUAAGAUGCCUAGCUACGUGAAGUUUCUCAAAGAUAUUAUAUCAAACAAAUGCAAGCUGAAGGACCAUGAGACAUCAUUGUGUGAUCUCGGUGCGAGUAUUAACUCGAUACCACUCUCUGUUUUCAGGAAACUAGGACUGGGAGAGCCUAAAGCAACCACAAUUACUCUACAGCUAGCUGAUCGAUCACUUACACAUCCACGAUGGAUUAUUGAAGAUGUAUUAGUCAAAGUGGAUAAACUCAUAUUACCAGCAGACUUUUUUAUUUUGGAUAUGGAAGAAGACAAGGACAUGCCUAUCAUAUUGGGACGACCAUUUUUGGCUACAGCAAGAACCCUCAUAGAUGCAAUGAAAUACCCUAACGAGCCUGAAAGCUGUUUCCAAAUUGAAGUGCUUGACAUAGAAAUCCCCUAUAAUUUUGAGGUGAAGAAACAACCAAACAUUCAUAAGGCCUGUAUAGUACACUCUCCAUCCGUUCUUAUCGAUUCAAAGGAGAUUAAGGCAUUCAAUGUGGGAUUUCAUACGGAUGAGGAGAGAAAGACAAACUACUUGGAGAAAGACGGAUGA